CAUGACCCAUUUUGUCAAACCACAACUACCCCCCAUAAACCAAGUCAAACUCUUCUUAAAAUCUUCCUUCCAUUUCUCCUCCUACGUUCGUUCACCUUUUCUCUCCUAUCUCUCUCCUCUUUUCCCUCUCCAAUCAUUAUCUUUCAAUGGAGGAUUUUAACUUUAAUGUCGAGCACACCGAUGCUUCUUCAAUGGCCGUCAACAGUAACAACCAUGGUUGGCAGAAGGUCACCUACACGAAACGCCGUAAGAAUCAACAGCAAAACAAACAGAAGCCUGUCACCGCCAUAGCUUCUUCUACCUCCGAUAAAGACAAUAAUGUUUUCCGUGAUCUUGAUCAGCAGAAGGAGGAUCGCCAUCGUCGCUUCGUUGAGGAACAGAAGAACAAACCUGCUACUUACUUUGAUGAUGAUGAUGUUCCUAAGUCUAGAUCGAAGAGUCGCGAUGAUUCCGAUGAUAGUGAUUCCGAAAAGGAGAAAGUAAAUGUCAAUCUCAAUGUAAAAGAUGAAAAUAAAGAGAAGAAAAAGAAGAAGAAAGUCGACAAAAAGCCUAAAGUGUCUGUUUCUGAGGCUGCUGCUAAGAUGGAUGCCUCUGAUUUGGCUGCAUUUCUUUUAGAUUUAUCGGGUUCUUAUGAAGAUCAGGAGGAUAUCCAAUUGAUGCGAUUUGCGGAUUAUUUUGCCCGUGCUUUUUCUGGAGUGUCUUCUGCCCAAUUUCCUUGGGUCAAGAUCUUCCGGGAAUCUCCAGUAGCCAAACUUUCUGAGAGCCCUGUUUCCCAUAUCCCUGAUGCUGUUUAUAGGACAUCAGUUGACUGGAUCAACCAACGUUCAGGGACAGCUCUUAGUUCCUUUGUUAUAUUGCUUCUGGAUACUAUACUUACAGAUUUGAAUAAUCAACUUCCUAGCAUCAAAAAUGCUAAGAAGGCAAGUCUGCAGCCAUCUUCCAAAUCUCAGGUUGCCGUGUUUGUGGUUUUGGCUUUGGUUUUAAGGCGUAAACCCGAUGUACUUGUGAGUUUGUUGCCCAUGUUGAGGGAGAACUCCAAGUAUCAAGGACAGGAGAAGCUUUCAAUCAUCAUAUGGAUGAUCUCACAGGCCUGUCAAGGUGAUCUGGCUGUUGGCUUAUUUGCUUGGGCCCAUAACCUCUUGCCAUUGCUUAGCAGCAAAUCCACCAACAAUCCACUUUGUAGGGACCUAAUCCUACAGUUAGUUGAGAGAAUACUGGAAGCACCAAAGGCUCGCACUAUAUUGGUCAAUGGAGCUGUUAGGAAAGGAGAACGUCUGAUUCCUCCAGCUGAAUUUGAGAUCUUGAUGCGGGUGACCUUUCCUGUAGCAUCUGCCAGAGUAAAGGCAACUGAGAGGUUUGAGGCUGUAUAUCCGAUCCUGAAAGAAGUUGCUCUUGCUGGCGCAGCUGGAAGUAAAGCGAUGAAACAAGUGUCACAGCAUAUGUUUGGAUUUGCUAUAUUAGCAGCUGGAGAAGGUAAGCCUGAGCUCGCUAAAGAAGUGACUGAUCUCAUAAGUUGGUGCUUGACUCAAAACAGUGACAUCUUUAAGCAAUGGGACAAGGUAUACCUGGAUAAUCUGGAGGCAAGUGUUGCUGUUCUGAAAAAGCUUUCAGAGGAGAGGAUUGAACAGCAGCUCAAUCCGUCAUCCCUUGAUGUUGUCAAGCAAACUCUGAAAAGUUUCCAACAACAGAAUGAGAAGGCAUUGUCUGGAAAGAGUUCUGGACAAGCAUCUCUUGUCAAGGAUGCUGACAAGUACUGUAAAGUCAUAUUGCGAAGAUUGUCACGAGGUCAUGGCUGUGUGAAAGCCGUGGUUUUUGUUGCUGUUGCAACGGCGGUGAGUGCUGCCGUUCUGUCUUCUAACGUAGAGUCGUUUGAUUGGAAGAGGGUUUCCGUCAUGCUAAGCUCUUUUCAAUCUUUCUAAAUUCUAAGGAAAGCUUAGGGGCUGCACAUUGUCCUUUCCGUUGUUAGUACAAGUAUUUCUCGAGAGGAAGCAACAUCAAACAAGUUCACCUCUCAUAAUAACCGUCAAAUAGAGCAUGGUGUACGAGGAGUUAGGAUGGAAAGGAUGCCACAAACCAAUUGGCUACAUGAUAGUUUCAAGUCGGUCCAUGACCUUUUUCGACCGAUUUGAUUGUUUGUUUAUUUUACCUGAGUUUUCUUUGAGGCUUCCUUUUUACUGCUAUAGUUCUUUUAAAUGACAACAAAUGCCUGUAUUUAUGUAUUUGCUUGUUUUUUAAUGGCCAUAUUUUAUUGUAUCUUUCCUUUGAUGGUAUAUCAUCUUAUACACCCCAUUUCAAGAAUAA